AUGACCGGACGUACCGACACCCCCAAACAACACUUUGAAGAGAGCAGCUCUCACCUUGAGGGGUAAGUCCUGUCUCUUUGUCUCAUGCAAGGUGGGAGGGACCCUCCGCUUCGGCGGUGGUCGGAACCUUUCGGGCUACGAAAAUCGGCUCAAUCCUCUGGAGGCCGAGUUGCAUCGGUUUCACACCGCCGACGACUUCGUUACAUCCUACCGCAAUGCCUGUACUAUUGUAUUGGCCGCAGCAUGCACUGCAUCGUUAUACGAGGCUGCUCCCAGCAGCGCUCCGCCCGGGCAUCUGCCUUUCUUGACUUUGGACUUUGGGGGGGCGGACCAUGCUCACCCUAUGGAGAAAGAACCCUCAGCUGAUCCACGCUCUACCAUGGUACCUUCCUCGCCUCCUCCAGCCCCACUGCCACCUAUGGCUUACUCGGGAAGGAUCUCGACCUCUUCUCGGAGGCCGGCUUCGACAUGGAAAAGGUAUAGUCUCUUCCGCCUCGUGGGGGGGCCGCGGCCCGCUGCCCCACAUUUCCCGCUUCGAGCGAACCAGUCACGCUGAGCUUGUUGCCGCCGCAUCUCUGCUUCCUCUCAGAUCCACUUGAAGCGAAACGCUCCCGUUGCUCAGCUUUACGAGGACGCCAUCAAGUACGAGGGCGCCGUCAUCUCCAACUCGGGUGCGCUCAUCAACUUCUCCGGCAAGAAGACCGGUCGUUCGCCCAAGGACAAGCGUAUCGUCUACGAGGAGACAUCCAAGGACGAUGUUUGGUGGGGUCCCGUCAACAUGAAGGUAAGCACUCGUGUCUGAGAUCAGCUCGUGGCAUCGGUCGCGGAGUUUGUUGUCUGAGGUAUGUACAGCCGCUGACGACCUUCUACUGUUUGGUGACCGCCGCAGAUGGACGAGCACACCUUCGAAAUCAACCGAGAGCGUGCCAUCGAUUACCUCAACACCAGGGAGAACGUCUACGUCUUUGACGGCUUCGCCGGCUGGGACCCUAGGUACCGCAUCAAGGUCCGAGUCAUCUGCGCUCGUGCCUACCACGCCCUCUUCAUGCACAACAGUGAGCCUUCCUUUUCCCCGGUUUGCACGCUUCGGGUCCAGUCAGCUGACAUUUUCACGGCCUUAAUCUUCACGUAGUGCUCAUCCGACCUACGGCCAAGGAGCUUGAGACUUUCGGCGAGCCCGAUUUCACCAUCUACAACGCCGGCCAGUUCCCCGCCAACCGUUUCACCGCCGGCAUGACGUCGUCGACCUCGGUCGAGGUCAACUUCAAGCGCAAGGAAAUGGUCAUCCUCGGCACCGAAUACGCCGGUGAGAUGAAGAAGGGUAUCUUCUCCGUUAUGCACUACUUGCAACCGGUCAAGUUCGGCAACUUGUCUCUCCACUCGUCCGCGAACGAAGGUCCGGACGGCGACGUUUCGUUGUUCUUCGGUCUUUCCGGAACGGGCAAGACGACCCUCUCGGCCGACCCUCGCCGCAAGCUCAUCGGUGAUGACGAGCACGUCUGGUCCGAUGCUGGUGUCUUCAACAUUGAGGGUGGUUGCUACGCCAAGUGCGUUGGCCUCGACGCCGAGAAGGAACCCGAUAUCUACAACGCCAUCCGCUUCGGUUCGGUCUUGGAGAACGUUACUUACGACUACGCAACCCGAGAACCCAACUACGAGGACACGGGUAUCACCGAAAACACUCGAGUCGCUUACCCGAUCGAGUUCAUCCCCAACUGCAAGCUUCCUUGCAUGGCCAACACGCACCCCAAGAACGUCAUCUACCUCACCUGCGACGCGUUCGGUGUGCUUCCCCCCGUCUCCUUGCUCAACUCGGACCAGGCACAGUACUGGUUCUUGUCCGGUUACACGUCCAAGACGCCCGGAACCGAGGAUGGUAUCACAGAGCCCUCGCCGACGUUCUCGACCUGCUUCGGCCAGCCCUUCAUCAUCCUGCACCCGAGUCGCUACGCAUCGAUGUUGGCCAAGAAGAUGACCGAGCAAGGCAGUCGCUGCUGGUUGAUCAACACCGGAUGGGUCGGUGGCAAGUUUGGCGUCGGCAAGCGUUGCCCGCUCAAGUACACGCGCGCGAUCGUCGACGCCAUCCACGACGGCUCGUUGGCCAAGUCCGAGUUCCAAAAGAGCCCGAUCUUUGACUUGCAAAUCCCCGUCUCGAUCCCGGGCUACGACAUCCCUCAAACGAUCCUGAACCCCGCUUUGGCAUGGACCGACAAGGACGCCUUUAUCAAGCAAAACCAGUCGCUCGCCGACAUGUUCACCAAGGCAUUCGAGCGCUACGAGGCCGACUGCUCGCCCGAGGUCAAGGCUGCUGGGCCCAAGUACUAA